UUAUCCUCUGGAAUCGUGUAUUUGCUCCAAAAAAGAAAGAUUGCAUUAGUAGUUUGAGUUUCAAUAAAUAUUUAUAAGAAUCCACUUUCUCUAUAGCAUUAAUAAAACAAAACUAACCCAGAUCUAGCUGUCAUCUUAGAGCCCAUGCUAAGGAAGUAAGCUAAACAUUCACACCGUUCCAGCUAGCACAGGUGCUAUCUAAGCUACACCUUGGCUUGACUAUCACUAAUCAAUAGUAGUUGAUGGAAGUCGAUAUGUGACUUUCUGACACCUAUUUUAUACUGCCAAUAUGGCCAGGUCUUCCUUGUAAAAUGGAGCUGUUGAGUCUGCUGCUGGUGGCAGUGCUGUGGGGCUGCACCAACCCUUUCCUGAAGAAAGGCACAGAGGGGAUAGAAAAUGUGUCACAGACCAGCAGGGUCUCGCAGCUACUGGCUGAGGUCAAGUUUCUUUUCCUCAAUCUCAAGUACCUCAUCCCGUUUCUGCUGAACCAGAGUGGCUCUCUGGUCUACUAUUACACCCUUUCCACCACAGAGUUAUCUCUUGCUGUUCCUGUGGCCAACUCUCUCACCUUCCUUUGCACUCUGCUCACUGGCAAGUUACUGGGCGAAGAGUUUGGAGGCAAACAGGCUCUUGCAGGGAUGUUCCUCACCAUGGUUGGCAUCACUUUGUGUGUGAUAAGCUCCAUUGAGGACUCUGGGAAGCAGGAUAUGACUCAGUCCGUGCACUAAUGGUGACCUGUCUCGAUCAGAAGAUCAAGGAUAUACCUUCCUGUGAGCAGAUAACACAGAAGUACAGAGUGGCAAAGCAGAGCUGGCGCCGGACUUGAGGGGGCAAUUUGGAUUCAGGCAGCAACUACUUAGAGCAACGGUUUCUGGUGGGAGAAUUGUGCCUAAAUGAACUCAGCGUGAGCUUUAAAAGACCUGCCUAGAAACUCUCACACCAAGUUGAAGGGGAAGUGGGUUCAAGUAGGGUUCACCCCAGAGCGAGACCAGAUUUAUGGAGUUUGCAUAGAAGUCGGUGGUUGUUAACUUCUACUUUUUAGCACUCUGCUGCCCCACCAUGUGACUAGCAUCUGCAUAAACACUAUAGAGACCACAUACAAAUAAGGCUGGCGUUUGAAACGAACCAAUUAGGUGUCACCUCCUGGUUUAACAGGGGCAUUUUACUGCGACUGCCUUUUGUCAGCUUCGAUGUGUGGGAAAGAGCAGGACACAGGAGAGGACAUAUUUCUAUUUAGCUUGAGGGUAAAGUUGUUUUUCAUUCACUUAUUUUUCUUCUCCUCUUUAUUCUUCCCCUGCUGCAUCAUAUACAUGAUGUAUUACUGAGGUAGAUGCAACGUAGUUCCUUUUUUUUUUUUUUUACGAAGAUUAAUAAGGACUUAGUUGCUUUAACAGCCAGUGACCUUGCUGUAUGUUCUGUAAAUAUGUCUGGACAAGUUGUAGAGUAAUCAGAAAUACAUCCCAUACAUAGUAAUAUAUAUUUUUAUUAUCACAGUAUUUAAUUGACACAAGACUUUGCAUUGUCGUGAUCUCUUAUUGUGAUUUCACAUCACAAAUGUCUGCAAACCGAGAUACAUCGGAAAUGUCCCAAAAUAUUGUUUCUUGUGUACAUCUUGUAUGUGGAAUAAAUUGCAUCAUUGAACAUCUA